AUGUUGAUUGUCAACUUGCUCAACAUUGCCGUCUUGGGCCUCAGCAACCAGGUGUUUGCUUCAACUGUCGCAGGCAACAACACACUUGACGCUCGCGACCACCCACCACCUCCACCACCACAACCUCCCGUUCCUCCUCCAGUUCCUCCUCCUCCGCCCCCUGUUCCUACAGCAACUGCAGCAACCGCCGCAAACCAGUCAACGGUAGAGAUUCACCCACGUAUUGCCCCUCAAACCCACCCUAUCCCAAGAAUCCACCUCGUCCCACGGCGCCAACUCGACACCUUCGCCGGCAAACCCGUUCCUCCAUAUCGACCAAUCCAACGGCGCGGCAUCGCAGGCACCGACGACUUUGUCGGCAAACUACCAGACUUUGUAAAAGACGACAGGUAUGAAUGGAACAGCACGCAAUACCCCGCCUAUUCCCUCGGGAGGAUUCUCCUGGCUGCAAAGUCAUUUGCAAAUGAAAGGAGAAAAGCUUGCAGUGGUGCUUUGGUUGGACCGCGACACGUCUUGAUAGCGAGACACUGCCUCAAGGAUGAACUAGCCGACACUGUUUCGUUUCAAUCCAACUUCUUCGAAGGUCGGAGCGGAGGGAUAUCGUACGUGACGGACAUCAUCGUUCUGAAAGGCGUAGAAUGUCACAAAACACCCAGAAAUGAACAAGAGAAAUGUCAUUGCAAAUUAGGUAACGAUUGGGCUGUCCUAGUUCUCGCGGAUCGAAUGGGUGAGAAGCACGGGUACCUCGGGGUAAAAGGAUUUGAUACAAAGACAAUGAUGAACAAGCAAGCCUUUGUGAGCACAAACGAGAACCUGGCAAAAGAAUGA